GGGGAGGGAGGGACGCCGCCGAGUUCCGCCCUAGCAGCCAUGGCCGCGUAGCGUCUCCUCGGCAGCCGCGCUCGGACAUGGGCCUGCCCCGGGCCGGCGGGCGGAGGCAGCGAGUCCCCGCGGCGCUCCUAAGUAUCCCCCUGAAAGUUACAAUUGGAUGAAUCAUCAUCAUAUCAUCAUCAUAUCAUAUCAUCAUAUAGAAAAGACAAGGUUUUAAGAUGAGUUAGAAAAAUACUGGUAGAGACUUCUAAGAAGCUGUAACAUCCUAGAAGGGACAUAAGUAACAAUAUUAACAUGCCUGCUGUGGCAUCUGUACCUAAGGAGCUCUACCUCUCUACUUCAUUGAAAGAUCUCAACAAGAAGACAGAAGUAAAACCUGAAAAGACCAGUACAAAAAGUUAUGUGCAGAGUGCCCUUAAGAUUUUCAAGGCAGCAGAGGAAAGCAGACUGGAUGGAGAUGAAGAAAAAGCUUACAUCCUAUACAUGAAAUAUGUGGCUGUUUAUAACCUUAUUAGAAAGAGACCUGAUUUUAAGCAGCAGCAGGAUUAUUUUCAUUCAAUUCUGGGACCUACAAAUUUAAAAAAAGCUCUUGAUGAAGCUGAAAUACUGUCAGACAGCCUUAAACUCAGAUACGAGGAAGCUGAAGUUCGGAAAAAACUUGAAGAGAGGGACAGACAAGAGCUGCAGAAAAAGCAAGAACCAAAAGAUGAUGGAAAGAGCUCAGCCAAAAACUCCUCAGAAAGUGCUGUGGAUUCCAAAGGAAAAAGCCAAAGGAUUAAUGGUGAGACAAAGCAUUCACUGGAAAGAAAAGAUCAGUCUGAUAGCCUGAGUGGAGCAGUCACACCUGAGAGACUGUUUGCAAUGAUGUCAGACAAAAAUAUUGAAUUGCUUAUAAUGGAUGCUCGAAAAUCAAAGGAUUAUCAGGAAUCCUGUAUUCCAAAAUCCAUCAGUGUCCCAGAAGAAGCUAUCCAUCCUGGAGAUACUGCUUACCUGAUUGAAGCUAGACUCCCAGAGGAGUCUAGGGAUGCAUGGAAGAGGAGAGGACAGUUCCAUUAUGUUAUACUGCUAGACUGGUUUAGUUCUGCUGAAGACUUAAAGCUGGGAACAACUCUACAGAGCCUGAAAGAUGCACUUUUUAAGUGGGAAAGCAAAACCAUCCUGCAGAAUGAACCUUUAAUUCUAGAGGGAGGUUAUGAAAACUGGCUCCUUUGUUUUCCCCAGUACACAACAAAUGCUAGAGUAACUCCACCCCAGCAUGGCAGGACUGAAGCAGUGACUGUUUCUUUGGAUUUUACAUAUCCAUCUCUGGAAGAGCCAGCUCCUGUGCUACCUGUUGUUGCUGAAAAUGAAGAAAUGGGAGAUAAUUUGGAAGAGAGACUAAAAUCACUUAACAGACCAAACAUACAAGAUGCUGCUGUUCCAAAAUCUGACAGUUCCUUUGUAGUUAAUCCCAUGUCAGUUACAAGAAGUAUCCCUGAGGUGGAUCGUUCUAAAAAGCCUUCACUAAAAAUCCUCGGUGAUAACAGAGCAAAACCUGCAAGUACAAUCAGUGACAGCCAGUCUGGUGAGAGUGGAAGAAUAGUUCCAGACCGCUCCACAAAGCCUGUGCAUGAUGGGAGGAGCACUCUGACAGAAGAAGAAAAAAGUCGGGUCCAUGCAGAAACUGCUGCUCUGUUAGAGAAAAACAGACGGGAAAAGGAACUGCGGGAGAGGCAGCAGCAGGAACAGAGAGAGAGGCUCAGGAGAGAAAAAGAAGAACAAGAACGAAAAGAAAAAGAACAAGAACAAAAGGCAAAAGAGGAACAGAAGGAGAAGGAACACAAAGAAAAGCUACAGCAAUCUAAAGAGGACAGAGAGCAGAAGGAGAGGGAUGAACAAAUAAAAAGAGAGCAGGAGGAAAAGGAACAAGAAAGAGCACACAGAGAAGCAGUAGAAGCAAAAAAGCAAAAUAAAAAUGAACCAGAAAACAUUGGUGCAAAAAGGAUUGAGAGUGACAAAAUAUCCAUGGAAGAAAGAGAAAAGGGAACUCGAACACCAGAAACACAGAAACGGGCACUGGGUGAUGCAUCUCAGACCUUUGUGACUGUUCCAGGCAAGCAAAUGGGGGUUAAAGGACAACCAGACAGUGAAGCUCAAAAGCCAGGACCCCUUAGAGAGGAUUCUGAACAAGAUACUGAAAGACUUAAAUCCCAGCGGGAGCCAUUAAUGAGAGCACGAAGUGAGGAAAUGGGAAGGAUAGUCCCAGGGCUGCCUGCAGGUUGGGUAAAGUUCCUGGAUGACAUCACUGGAACCUAUCGUUACUAUCACUCACCAACCAACACUGUUCAGAUGUACCCACCAGAAAUGGCUCCUGCAGCCACUCCUCCAUCCACCCCUCCCACGCGCAAAGCCAAGGCCAAGGUGGCAGCUGAGCGCGAGAGGGAACACUCCAAGCUCAAGCGCUCCUACUCGUCCCCAGAUAUCACCCAGGCCAUCCAGGAGGAAGACAAGAAAAGAAUUCCUGUCACUCCUGCAGUCAAUCGUGACAAUAAACCUGCAUGUUACACUAAAGCAGAAAUUUCCAGGCUCUCUGCAUCGCAGAUUCGCAAUCUCAAUCCCGUGUUUGGGGGAUCGGGACCAGCUCUGACAGGACUUCGUAAUCUAGGGAACACUUGCUACAUGAAUUCCAUAUUGCAGUGUCUGUGCAAUGCUCCUCACCUGGCUGAGUAUUUCAACAGAAACUUGUAUCAAGCUGAUAUUAACAGGUCAAAUUUCCUGGGGCAUAAAGGUGAAGUGGCUGAAGAGUUUGGUGUAAUAAUGAAAGCUUUAUGGGCAGGACAGUAUAAAUAUAUCAGUCCAAAAGACUUCAAAAUUACAAUUGGGAAAAUUAAUGACCAAUUUGCAGGAUAUAGCCAACAGGACUCCCAAGAAUUGCUUCUCUUUCUAAUGGAUGGCUUGCAUGAGGACCUAAAUAAAGCUGACAACAGGAAAAGAUACAAGGAAGAAAAUAACGAUCACCUGGAUGACUCAAGUGCAGCAGAAAUAGCCUGGCACAAACACAAGCAGCUCAACGAGUCCAUCAUUGUGGCACUGUUCCAAGGGCAGUUCAAAUCCACCGUGCAGUGUCUGACGUGUCACAAGAGGUCCCGAACCUUCGAGGCUUUCAUGUAUCUGUCAUUGCCACUUGCAUCCUCCAGCAAAUGCACUCUGCAGGAAUGCCUUAGAUUGUUCUCCAAAGAAGAAAAGCUCACUGAUAACAAUAGAUUUUACUGUAGCCAUUGCAAAACUCGAAGGGAUUCUUUGAAAAAAAUAGAAAUUUGGAAAUUACCACCUGUUCUUCUUGUGCACUUGAAACGAUUUUCCUAUGAUGGAAGAUGGAAACAAAAGCUUCAAACUUCAGUAGAUUUUCCACUGGAAACUCUUGACCUCUCUCAGUAUGUUAUUGGUCCAAAGACUUCCUUGAAGAGAUACAAUCUGUUCUCAGUAUCGAAUCAUUACGGUGGGCUGGACGGGGGGCACUACACAGCCUACUGCAAAAACGCUUCAAAGCAGCGCUGGUUUAAGUUUGAUGACCACGAAGUGUCCGAGAUCUCGGCGUCCUCGGUGAAGUCCUCAGCUGCUUACAUUCUCUUUUAUACAUCCUAUGAACAGCGAGCAGUAGACAUGGCCACGUAAAGGGAUGUGGCUUAAGGAAACUGGUUUUCUUUCUUCAAGAGCAAAGUAGGCCUGGGAAUGCACACGAAUAUGCAGAAGUGCAGCAGACACAGUCACUGGAGUGGGAGGAGCAGGGUGUCUGCCAGCAGGGCUCGCUGGGGCCGUGGCAGUGCUUCACAAUCAGACUGAUGGGCAAUGCUUGUGGUCAUACUGCCAUCUGUGGAACCAUUUACAAGCAUACUUGCAUUACUGUUUAUUUAAAAAAGAACUAUAUUUUUAGUCUGCUCCAAAAUUAAAUUCUAGCUUAGUCAUCUGAAAUCUAUUAACAAGUAGUUUAAAAUGUCUUAAAAUCCCAAGGCAUAUCUUGGUUUAUUUUUUUCUUUCACUGUUAAUGGCCUUUUCACAUUUCUAACCUUAAGCUUGACUCUACUGUGAAUACUCUAGAACGAUGUAAACAGUUAGGAAUGUAAGUGUACAUAUUGAUUGCAUACUUGCACAUCAGAAUUAUGUAUAUAAUAAAAUGUUGUCCUUUUUGUGAGAAUCUCUAAAACUCAGAGGAUUGCAUUUAUUUGCCAGCUCUAAGUAAUUGCAACACUACUUAAUAAAAAAGCAGAGCUGUAUUAUUUUUUCUGUUAGCUUUUGUCAAUAUUUGUGCACUUCAGAGUUAUUCUAAACAAGAUUUUCCUUUUUAAUUUUUUAAUAUAAAUUUUCAUGUACACAUGCAUUAAAAACCUUAAUGAAGAAAUUAUUUAAAAAUAUAUCCUGUUAAAUGUA